AUGGGUGAAGCUCAAUUUGGUGUACGUAACGUGAUUGGAGCACCGGUAGCAACAGCGAGAUUAGCAGAGCAGGCUAUUGUUUGUAUACCACCUAGAUCUGCUAAGUUUACUCUAGCUGAAUGGCGAAUGAGCAACGAACAAAGAUGUCGAAAUACAGAAGACCAGCAACAAUUGGCAGAUCGGGUUUUGGGAGAAUCAGAGAGAAUCCGAGAUGAAACGGCCGAAAGGGCUGUGAUCAUGAAAGCCACGUCUGACCGGCGAAUAGAAGAAAGAAUAGGCGAUAUAGAAUUCAAUAAGAAAGAACUACAAUUACAAAGAAAAGAAAUAUGUUUAGAACUUGAAGCCUUAGGUGUUUAUAAAACCCGGUUGCAAGAUUGCCUAGCAUCGCUGCAAACGAAUGCGUUGAAUAUUUGUCGAAAGUGCUUAAUGCUUAGAGAUGGACGCAUUGGUAUUGAUCUGGUUGUGGAUGAGGUUGAACAUGCAUUGCAGCAGGAAAUUACUACGAUACUUGGAGGGCAAAGUCUAUUAAAACGGGCCUUGGAACAAUUGAACGAGCAAAUGCGACGUCUUCGUUCCACUCGGUACCUUCUUGAUCGCGAUCUUCAAUAUAAGCAAGCAGCUAUUGACUUAGAUAAAGGAUCAUUAUCUCUUAAACCGACUGACCUUUGUCUGUCUGUAUACGAAGGCUAUACAAAUCUUGAUCCAGCAAAUAUUUCCGCUGACGAGUAUAAUGCUUAUUCAGCUAAAAAUAUCCAGUCUGCAGCUAGAGAAGUGACUAGUGCCCGACCUAUACGGGUAUUUAUAGAUACUCUGCUUAAACAAGUUAUUGACGAUCUUUGGAGCGCAUAUAAUAAAUGCAACCACGAGUUCAAAGAACGUAUUGAAGAUACAAAGCGAACUAAAGCAAAGCUAGAAGAUAUGCAUCGCGAAACAACUCAAAAGAUAGCUGAUAUGCAAAAUAAUAUACUGGAAUUACAGAAGGCUUUGUCAGCUAAAGAAGGGAACGUUGGAUUAGCGCACACGAGGCUUGGCAGACGAGCUCAACGUGUGGGCGCAGAAUUGGUUAAAGAUCCUCCUGGACAGGCCUUGUACUAUGAAUGUGAAAUGCUACGUCACAGCACUGAGCAGUUACAGCAGAUGUUGCAUGAAGCUAAUGCUGCGUUACGAUACUUGCUCCAAACCCAAAUUCAAUUAGAAGAGGACAUUAAUGUUAAAAUGAAUACACUGAAAAUAGAUGAAGUAGAUUGUAUGACAUUGCGCACCACUAUGGACUAUCAUGCAUACUAA